UGGGCCCCUGUACCGCCUCCUCAUGCUGCUGCCAGGCCCGUAAUCUGCCAUGGGCCCCCGUACCGCACUCCUCAUGCUGCUGCCAGGCCCGUAAUCUGUCAUGGGCCCCUGUACCGCCUCCUCAUGCUGCUGCCAGGUCCAGAGUGUGUCAUGGGUCUCUGUACGGCCUCCCAUUGCUGCUGUCUCCAUCGCCACACUCUGCCAUGUGCCACUUUCAGGUCUCCUCACACUGCUGGUGGGUUCCAUUUUGUCAUAGGGUGCUGUAUGGCCUCCCAUUGCUGCUGCCUCCACCGCCACACUGUGGCUCCACACUCUGGUUUUGGCCCCGUGACUGCCCCAAUGAGUGAAGUGUGCGGUGAUUCUAAGAUCGACGGCACUCAUCUGCAUGUCAUACUGACUGACAGUAUUAGUUCUCUUCCCCAGCAGACUCCAAGGGCAUUUAAAUUAAAGGUACAGUGUUCUGCACUAAUAUAA